GCCAAAGAAAUCGAAACAGUACGAGACAUGGCUAGAGAUGGCGAGGGACACGAUCAGACUGCGAUCACGGAUGCUGCUGCUGUUUUAAACAAACGGGGGCCUUAAAUUCAUACCAAAAAACACCAUAUUAGCAAUCAUUAAAAAAUAAGCAUUUCAGAGGAAACCAAUUACGCUUUUCUAAGUGAAGACUUCUUUGGACCUUUCUCAAACAGAUAAGAUAGAUGUUUUGUCCACACGCUUGCACGAAUAAUAAUGAAUGCUCAGCUGACGAUGGAGAAUAUUGGCGAUCUGCACGGGGUGAGCCAUGAGCAGGUGCCAACUACGGCUGAUCUGAUGAGCAGCAGUAGCCCUCAUCACAGAAGCUCGGUGGCCCAUCGCAGCAACCACUUGUCAGUCCACGCUCGCUCCAUGGGCAUGGCAUCCAUCCUGGACGGCGGCGACUACCAUCACCAUCGGCCCCCCGAGCACGCUUUAACGGGGCACCUGCAUCCCACCAUGACCAUGGCUUGCGAGGCACCUCCCGGUAUGAGCAUGAGCAGCACCUACACCACUUUAACCCCUCUGCAGUCGCUACCUCCCAUCUCGACGGUCUCGGACAAGUUUCCCCAUCAUCAUCACCAUCAUCAUCAUCAUCAUCAUCACCCUCACCAGCGGAUUCCAGGCAACGUGAGCGGCAGCUUUACUCUGAUGAGGGACGACAGGGCUCUGGCUUCUAUGAACAAUCUUUACACUCCAUACCACAAGGAUGUCACUGGCAUGGGGCAAAGCCUGUCUCCCUUGUCAGGGUCUGGGCUGGGAGGCAUCCACAACUCCCAGCAGGGUCUGCCACCUUAUGCCCACCCUGGCGCCACCAUGCCCACUGAGAAGAUGCUGACACCAAACGGAUUUGAAGCCCACCACCCUGCCAUUCUAGCAAGGCAUGGGGAUCAGCACAUAACCGCUUCUUCAGCGGGUAUGGUGCAAAUCAACGGAAUUCAUCACCACCACCACUUAAAUGCCCAAAGUCAUGGCCAGGUGUUGGGUUCCACCAGGGAACAUAAUCCAUCCUCUCUGCCUGGAUCGCAGAUCAACAAUGGGGGCAAUUCAGGGCAAAUGGAAGAAGUCAAUACCAAAGAAGUAGCCCAGAGAAUCACCACCGAGCUUAAAAGGUACAGCAUCCCCCAGGCCAUCUUUGCGCAGAGGGUACUGUGCCGAUCGCAAGGGACCCUCUCUGACCUGCUAAGGAACCCCAAACCUUGGAGCAAGCUCAAGUCUGGCCGGGAGACUUUUCGGAGAAUGUGGAAGUGGCUUCAAGAACCAGAAUUCCAAAGAAUGUCCGCUCUCAGGCUUGCAGCAUGCAAAAGAAAAGAACAAGAACAUGAGAAGGGGGACAGAGGAAGCGCAUCCAAAAAGCCUAGGUUGGUCUUCACAGAUGUCCAACGUCGAACUCUACAUGCAAUAUUCAAAGAAAACAAGCGCCCAUCCAAAGAAUUGCAAAUAACCAUUUCCCAGCAGCUGGGUCUGGAGCUGACCACUGUCAGCAACUUCUUUAUGAAUGCACGCAGGAGGAGCCUGGAUAAGUGGCUGGACGAUGGCAGCUCCAACUCAGCCAACUCCUCUUCCUCAUCAAGCACUUGUACCAAAGCAUGAAGGAAUAACCGCGGACUGAACCUCGGUGGAAAAGCUUUAAAAACAAAGGCCAGGACCUCAAGAUAGCAGGUUUAUCCUUUAAAACUGUUUAAAAAAAAACAAAAAACCAUUAUGAUAUUUAUAAUAUCCAAAGAAAACCAAAGACUUCUUUCACCUGCAUUAAGACGUGGUUCUGCAACACACUUUACUAGGACAUCUUGCAAAAAAAAAAAAAACACUGUUCCGUACACCUUCAUCCAUGAUCAUAGUACAAAGCAUUUGGAUGGACAUUAUCCCAACAUGUGAGCCAUUUUAUUUCAUUUGAAAUAAUAUGAAGGUGUAUGAUGUAAAAAAAAACAAAAACAAAAAAAACACUGUGUAAGUACCAGUGGUUGGAGACAUUGUCAGGACUGGUCUGCAGAGUGGGCUGUACAAUGGCAUAACUGGAAUGUUGUGGAGUCGUAUGUGUACCUUUGAAUAUUCAUUCGAUUCCAGUCUGUCGGUACUAGAAGCUGGGAACUCAAAGAUCUGACUAUAGUGUUCAAAUUUGGUGGAGCCAUUUUGAAUGUUGUCGAAUAGUGCUUUCUCUCUGUUUGUUAAAGAGUAUCCAGGUGGGAAAAAAAAUUUUAAAAAAAAAAUCACAAAACACAGAAAACAUAACUUAAAAUAUUAUAACAUACCAAAGAAAAAAUAUGAUAUUUUUCAAAGCAGAUAACCCAAAGAGUAUUUUUUACAAAGAACCAAUAGUUCUUGGUUAGGUGUGCAGUCUUUAUCACAGAGGGGAUCAGUAUGACUGUUAAAUGCAAUGCAUUACAUUUUCCUACAUAUACUUUUGACCAACAGUUUCAUAUUAAGGCAUUCAGUAUUGUAACCAGGUAACAGCUACUUCCAAAUAUACAAAAACAAGUCUCCCUGCAUUAUUUAUUAGAAAAGGUUUCACAUAUUUGUAUAUAGGUACCAAUAAUGAAAAUGUUAUUAUUGUACUAUUUAUAGUUCACUGUAUACAGAACGCUUCUUUCAGACAGACAAAAUACCAUGCUGUUUAUGAAUUAGCAUUUUAAAAUUACACUUUACUGCACAAUUUCGAUCAUUUUUCAUCUUAUAUCAAUAUACUUUCCAUACACUUAUUAUUAUUGACACGUAUAUAACAGCAGUACAUUCAGGACACAUGGAAAGGGUGUAUUAUUUACUUGUGGUGUCUGUCAUCAGGUGAGAAUGGGAAAUUAAGGCACUAUCUAAUAAGCAUGUAUUUUCUUUUUAUUGUUAUAUUACAGACACUAUGAAAUACCAGCUGCUAAUGACCAAAGAGAUAACCUGACUUACUAGCAUUCAAUGUUCUUCUGGAUCACUGCAAAAUAUUUAUCAAGACAUGGAUGUAAAAUACGUUAUUCGUGCCUUUACAAUACUACUGGAGUGCAAGUGUAAAAUCACCUUAAACCAAAGUUCUAAUAGUUCCCCAUACCUCCAUCAGAUAGUCAAUGAGCAAUUGAAAUCUGGCCAUUAACAUAAAAACAAAAUGUUAUGGAAGCCAUUCAACCCUAUUCAAACUGACCAGCUGAAAUUACAAUAAAAAAUUAGUUUCCACCUACAGAAUGAAAAAUACCUAUUUCUGUUAGGGAAAGGCAAACUUUUCUAUAAAAUAAAUGCACCAGUGGCUUAAAAAUAUAUAAUACUAGCUAAAGUACCUGGCAUUGCCAGGGGAAAAAUUUCAA